AUGGGCGAAGAAAAAACCGCAAAGCCAGCCGACCCUCCGGCUGAGGGUGCCGAAGGCAAAAAGCUUUCGAACAAGGAGUUGAAGGAGUUGAAGAAAAAGGAAAAAGCCGCCAAAAGAGCUGCCCAGAAGGAAGCAGCAGGAAUUACGCCAGAACAACAAGAACAGCUUGCACAGCAAAAGAUCGAGAAGCGUAAACUGCAAGCGACAAACACAAACUUGAAGAAACAGUUAAGUCAGGCUGUGGUGAAGAACGAGGACAAAAAAAUCCCUGCUUUGUUCAGCCACUUGGAAACUAGAGAGCAAAGAAAUGCGUCCUCUCCAACGGUUUCUCACAUUGUCCAUCCUGCGAUUUUGACCUUGAGCUUACACUUCUCGAGCCACAAGAUUGUGGGCUCGACUGCCAGAUUGAGAGAAAUGUUAAAGGUGUUCAAGGCCGUGAUUUCGGACUAUCAAACCCCAGAAAAUACCACCUUGACGCGACACAUGACGGGCCAUUUAUCUCACCAGAUAGAAUACUUGAAAAGCUCUAGACCAUUGUCAACGUCGAUGGGAAAUGCCAUCCGGUGGUUGAAACAGGAAAUCUCCCACAUUUCUAUCGACACGCCUGAGCCAGAAGCGAAAGCGACCUUGUGCAGUCGUAUUGACGACUUUAUCAGAGACAAGAUCGAUUUAUCUGACCAGCUUAUAAUCGAGAAUGCGUCUCAACAUAUCAACAACGGAUGUACAGUCUUGACAUUUGGACAUUCGGAGGUGUUGUCGAAGUUGCUUCAGCACGCAGUGUUGGAACAAAACAAAAGCUUCAACUUGGUCAUCGUCGACUCUCGGCCAUUGUUUGAAGGUAAAAAGUUGCUCAGCGAGUUGGUGAAUGCAAAAAUCCAACCAAGCGCAGAGGAACUCGAAUCCAACCCUAAUCUCAAGUACGAGCCACCUGUUGCCAUUACGAAGGAAAGAUUGAGCGUGCAAUACGUUAUGAUAAAUCUGUUGUCGUCUACGAUUUUGGAGGAUGUCGACUAUGCGUUUUUGGGAGCCCAUGCCAUGCUUUCUAACGGCUACUUGUAUGCUCGUGUUGGCAGUGCAAUGGUUGCCAUGAUGUGCCACAAAAGAAACAUUCCUGUCAUCACCUGCUGCGAGUCCAUUAAGUUUUCGGACCGCGUGCAAUUGGACUCUGUAACUACCAAUGAAUUGGCGGAUCCAGAGGAUUUGGUGAAAAACUCCCAAUUGCCUCCUGUGAAGAAGUCGUUGGCUUUGGAACAGUUCAUCAAACUGCAAGAAGAGUCAGAGAAGAAGCAAUCAGAAAAGAAACAGUCAGGAUCGCGCAAACAGAAUCAAAAUGACAAGAAGGACUCAGAACAAGAAGCUCUGGCCGAGCCCUUGAGCAACUGGAAAGAUAUUCCUUACCUCAACAUUUUAAACAUCAUGUACGACUUGACUCCGCCCCAGUACAUCAACAAAGUUGUUACAGAGUUGGGUUCCUUACCUCCUUCGUCUGUUCCAGUGAUUUUGAGAGAAUACAAGAGCACGUAA